AUGGCUGGCAUGGCUGUUCAGUUACUGGGCUUCCUUCUAAGUCUUCUUGGUCUGGCUGGAACAAUAACUGCUACUAUUUUGCCUCACUGGUGGAAAACAGCACACGUGGGAACCAACAUCAUCACAGCUGUGGCAUACAUGAAGGGCCUCUGGAUGGAAUGUGUUUGGCACAGCACUGGGAUCUACCAGUGCCAGCUCCAUCGUUCUCCACUUGCUUUGCCUCGUGACCUCCAAGCAGCCCGUGCCCUGAUGGUGAUUUCUUGUGUUCUUUCAGUCUUGGCAUGCCUGGUUUCAGCUAUUGGCAUGAAGUGCACCCAAUGUGCCAAAGGGUCCUCUGUCAAAAAUGUAAUCGCCAUCAUGGGUGGAAUCCUUUUCAUACUGGCUGGGCUCAUUUGCCUGAUCCCUAUUUCUUGGUCAACCAGUGAUGUGGUAACAGAUUUCUACAACCCAAUGCUGCCCAAUGGGAUGAAGUAUGAGAUUGGGCAAGCCCUCUACAUUGGCUUUGCUUCUGCUUCAUUGGAUAUAAUUGGUGGAGCAAUCCUGUGUGCUUCAUGCCAACGUACUAGGAGCAACAUAGUCCACUACCCACACUCAAGAAAUACAAGGGCUGCUCCAUCCUAUCGGCCACCAACAGUCUUCAAGGCAAACCAUACUUCAUCACUAACAUCUGCCUCCCACAGUGGUUACAGGUUAAAUGACUAUGUGUGA